GUUCCAUCUACUUACGUCUCCAGGAAAGAUCUUCCCUUCUCUAUAUCACAAAUUCACAAUUCACAGUAAUCUCAAAAUUUUACACAUUCACAGACUCCUCUAGAAAAUAACUAAUUAAUUCUACUUUAUCCCACAGCUCAAUAAUUCAAUUACAACUGCGACACUUUUUUUGUUUUUUAAAUUUAUCCGUCUUUAUAAAUUAAUCACGUCUUCUCUCUCAAUCUUCAUUAUUUCCUACUACUUUCUCAUAAACAACACCUAAAAAAACAAAAAUUCCCAGAAAGAAGAAUCCUUUGAUUCUCUCUCAUCCUCUCAUCAAUGGCAGCAACAAUUAAGAUGAGUACCCAUCUCAAAACAAGCCCAAUAACGCCGUUUCACAGCUCCAGAUCGACUCAGUCAACUCGGCCGAGUCGAGUUGGGUUGAAGGUGUUUGCGUCCGAGUCAAAGCAGGUUGAUCCGGAUCUUACUGUAAAGGUUAAUGGGUUGACAAUGCCAAACCCAUUUGUGAUCGGGUCGGGCCCACCUGGGACUAAUUAUACUGUUAUGAAAAGGGCUUUUGAUGAAGGAUGGGGUGCUGUUAUUGCUAAAACUGUUUCUUUGGAUGCUGCAAAAGUAAUAAAUGUAACUCCUCGUUAUGCUCGGUUAAAAGCUGGAGCUAACGGCUCUGCAAAAGGACAAAUUAUUGGAUGGGAAAACAUUGAGCUAAUUAGUGACCGGCCACUUGAAACGAUGUUGAAAGAAUUCAAGCAAUUGAAGGACGAAUAUCCCGAUAGAAUACUGAUUGCUUCAAUCAUGGAAGAAUACAAUAAGAAUGCAUGGGAGGAGCUUAUUGAUAGAGUCGAGCAAACUGGAAUUGAUGCAAUUGAAAUCAACUUUUCUUGCCCUCAUGGUAUGCCUGAGCGUAAGAUGGGCGCUGCUGUAGGAAAGGACUGUGCAUUGUUAGAGGAGGUUUGCGGUUGGGUAAAUGCCAAGGCUACUGUUCCAGUAUGGGCAAAGAUGACCCCAAAUGUGACUGAUAUAACAGAGCCAGCAAGGGUGGCACUUGAAUCAGGAUGUGAAGGGAUUGCUGCUAUCAACACAAUCAUGAGUGUUAUGGGGAUCAAUCUCACCACCCUACGUCCUGAACCUUGUGUUGAGGGAUACUCAACCCCUGGUGGAUAUUCUUCAAAGGCAGUUCAUCCUAUUGCACUUGCGAAAGUGAUGAGCAUUGCAAAGAUGAUGAAGGCAGAGUUCAAUGAUGAACUUUCCUUGUCUGGUAUUGGAGGUGUUGAAACUGGUGGUGAUGCUGCUGAAUUUAUUCUUCUUGGAGCAAAUUCUGUUCAGGUCUGCACCGGAGUAAUGAUGCAUGGGUAUGGUCUUGUAAAGAAGCUAUGCUCUGAGUUAAAGGAUUUCAUGAGAAUGCAUAAUUUCUCGUCAAUAGAAGAUUUUCGAGGGGCUUCUUUACCAUACUUCACAACACACACAGAACUGGUAAGAAUGCAGCAGGAAGCCAUUCAGAAAAGAAAAGCUUCUAGAAAAGGUUUGGCAUCUGACAAGGACUGGACUGGAGACGGCUUUGUGCAGGAAACUGAAAGCAUGGUUUCCAACUAAUUUUUACCAAAUUGGAAUGUGCUUUGGUUGAGCAUGCAAAAAUUACAAUAUUCUGUUGCUGCUCGUGAAAUGUGAAGUGACCCUUAAUUUGUAAGAAUUUCGUAACAAAUCGAUGUACAGAAAGAAAGGGAUCAUCAAAGGAAGAUGGAAAGGGAGAAAGAACUAUAUUAUGUUGUGAUGCACAGUAACUACUUUAUGGACUAGUUUAAUUAAUAUGUAGUAUAUGUCAGUUUCAGCAUUACUAUUUUUAUCAAAUAAUAUUUUUCAGCAUCUAAAUUUCAGUGCUUAUCAAUUUGUGGUUUCAAUAAAAAUGUCGUAACUUAAAUUAUAUUGUA